AGAGGACCUGCUCUUGCCACAGUGGCUCUGACAUUUCCACUCACGAUCUUUAGGCACUCUAUUACAUCCUAACGAUAUGACUCCCGAGAACCUCUGGGUUAAACUCACGAGUUAUUGACUAAGAAAAGCUCACAUAGCAAGCUUGCUAUAUAAAUCCUACAAAGUCUCCGGAUAGUUAUUGGGGAAAAGAAAAGUCAAGCAAACCAGACUAGAGUACCAACAUUUCCAACAUCUUAUUUGAUUCAUCAUGGCUCGUCAAUCACUGUCAUUGAAUCUCGCCGAACGUCCCUCGGGAGACAUCGUGCCUGGCCGCACAUUCAAGCAAGAAACCACUCCCGCACCCAGCGCAGCCGACCUGAACGAAGGUCAAAUACUCAUCGAAGCAUUAUACCUAUCCCUCGACCCGGGCAUGCGCGGCUGGCUCAAUGAAGCAGACUCCUACCUCCCCACUGUAAAACUCGGAGAAACCAUGCCCGGCUUCGUCAUCGCCCGCGUUCUGGCGUCCAAGUCCACCCAAGCACAGCCGGGAGAUAUAGUCACCGCCAUGACGGGCUGGUGUGAGGUGGCUAUAGCAAAUGAAGGCUCUUUUGAGAAGCUAGCGGCACCGCUGCAUCCCAAUGCCAAGGUCACGGAUUUACUCGGCGUACUGGGUCUAACUGGCCUCACGGCGUAUUUGGGGAUGCAUGAGAUUGGUCGUCCCAAGGCUGGGGAGACGGUUGUUAUUAGCGGCGCUGCUGGUGCUACGGGGAGUGUGGCUGGCCAGAUCGCGAAGAUUAUGGGUGCUAAGAGAGUUGUGGGAAUUGCAGGGAGUGAUGAGAAGUGUACCUGGCUAAAGAAGGAUUUGGGGUUUGAUGAUGCACUCAACUAUAAGGAUUCCGAAUUUGAAAGAAAGCUUGCAGAAGCAACACCGGACGAUAUCGAUGUCUUUUGGGAUAACGUUGGAGGAGAUAUUCUUGACGCAGCCUUGGCCCGCGCGAACAAGUUCGCCAGAUUUGUUAUGUGUGGUAGCAUCAGCCAGUAUAACACUUCCAAGCCCCAAGGCCCAAAGAACAUCACAAACAUUAUCACCCACCGGAUCAGAAUGGAAGGAUUUGUUGUCUUUGACUAUCAACCAAAGUUUGAGCAUGCACGGAAUAAGCUUGCUCAGUUGCUCGCAGAGGGAGCGAUUAAGCGCGAGGUUACUAUAGUCAAAGGCGGCUUGAGGAGUGCUGAGCAGGCUCUACUGGAUAUGUUCCAUGGCAUGAAUACUGGAAAGCUACUCGUUGAGAUAAAGCAUCCGGGCGAAGCUUUCGCUUCUUAAGGUGCAAGGACUGAGUUUUGCUAGAGUGUCUGCUCUCAGCGAUUUCGGUACUUCUUCCCCGACUAAGGCCUCUGUCUCACUCUCAGAGGUAAUUCUCGUGACAAAAUGCUAGUGUGCCAACUCACGAUUGUCAAGUCUCAUAUGGAUUAACGGCUUAUUUUCCUUAGUAUUUGCAGAAUAUACUUCAAAUACACUGAUCAGAGCUACGUCCUUGCCAGAUACUUAGCCCUUAGUGAGUGGGGAGCGAACGGACUUUGAGCACAAGCAUGGAAAAUGGUACGAUUAAAAUCAGGAUCCCUACUUGUGGAACAAUAGUAUAGUAAUAGCCUUGGUUAAGAUUUGGUUCCGAGUGCUGAGGGAGACGUGGUGAUGAUUCGACCCUGCUAUAUAAUCAAAUUCUAUGUUAUGAUCAAUGAGAUGAUGCUUUCACGCAUCAUGCCAAGCUGUCGGAUUUAAAUAGACGCCAGACGCGUACAGGUG